UGAAAACAAUAAUUGGCAACACUAUUGGCGCUCUCCAUUGUUGUCGCGUGCUCGCUCUCUCCCCUCUCUCUCACGCGACGUCACUUUUGGCCAGGCCAACACAACUCACGCACACCUGCGACGCUCAUUCUUGACUGAAUUGCCGUGAGUAAGCGUUGGUCUGAAAAAACGAGCGCGUGUCGCGAAUCGGUAAAUCGAGACAAAGAUAAAGAAAAGUUCAUUAUCAAAUGCAGACAAGAACAACGGAAAAUAAAGCCGCUAAGCAAGUGAAAAUCGAAAGGGAAAUGCAAGUGAAAAUUCCGAGCAGUGGACCCUGCCCUUGAAAGUGUGUAAAAAACAAGCCACUGGAAUUCAUUUCACGCACAAAACGACAUUAGAACCCAGACGCAGGAUGUGGAAAGCGUAGUGAAAAAAGGUAGUAGACAACACGCAACGAAGGCCGGAAAAACGUGGAAAUGAUCCGCUAAUUAAUUAGCUAAGUAGGCAACGAAAAGCGGCGAAAAUAGGUGUAACCCUUAGAACCAACAAUAAAUUCCGAUUUGUUGCAAAAUAUAUACCAAGUCAAGGCUUAAAAUGACAUCAUACGCAAAUGACACAACGUCCGCAGCAGCAGCAACAACUUCAGCAACAUCAGCUGGCGCAGCAGAAGCAGCAGCAACAACAACCGUCGGCAACGCCCCCCAAUCAGCUGUGGGGGGCGUGGCGACAGCAGCUGAUUCAUCCAAAGUCAAGAGCCGCGACAAUUUGUCCAUAAGCCGUACAUAUGGCGACGAAGAUGGCAACAGUAGCGAUGGACGCGAGAAGGCCGACACGACGCCGGAAAAUCUUAAGAAAAUCGCCGAAAUCAUUGACAGUCCAGAUGGAAUGACCUCGGCCACCUCGCCCAUUCCCUCCCCUCGUCAUGUUCAGCUCCGGAAUCCCAUCAAUUCCGGCUUUGUGGGCCUCGGGGCCGCCAUCGAUGACUCCUGCGGCAAGUUCUGCCUUGGCAAGCCGCCACCAUCGCCUGCCGAGAAAGCGGCGGCACAAAGCAGAGCGAACCAGCAGCACCAUCAGCAGCAACAUGGCAAUAGCAACUCCAGCAACAGCAACACCAACAGCAACAGCAAUUCGAAGAGCAACAGCAACCACAAAUCAGGUGGCAAUGAUGAGGAGGAGAACUCGAGCGAGUCGAAUGCAACGACGAAGGCAUCGCUGGCCUUCACCAUUGAUCAUUUCGAUGCCUCCGAGAACGAUUCGGCUGCUCAGGCGGCGCGCUACAAGAACAUGAUGGAGCGCUUCCAGAAUCGCCACAAGCGCGGUGCUUCGAUGUCCAAGUUGGAGACGGAAAAGGAUAACAACACCACGACCACCUCGAACAGUGGCCGCCAGUCGCAGCGGAGCAGCCUGGAUGCUGGGAGCAGUAUGGCGGAUGAUAUCUCCUCGCUGACGGCGGCCACGCCCAGCAGCGAACAGGCGCCCCCAGUGCAGGUGAAGAUGCGGGUAAGGGAUCGCAGUGCCUCCCGCGUGCGAGACGCCUCCAAGCGGCACAGUUGGUCGCCAAGGAGUUCGGCCAAUGAACCAAGUGCAGCGCCUGCUCCGCGACCCACAAGUCGAUCGAAGCUGCCACCACCGCCGGCGGCCACGAAGGGAACCUCCAAUCUGCUGGCCAAUCGCACCGCCAAUCAGUUUACACCCCGAUCCACCGCCAUGCAGCUGGCACUGCGCCAGGUGGAGAUGCUCUGUCCACAGCCACCGCUGGCGGAUGGGAAGCCUUCCAGCGAGAACGAUGCCGUCAGCGAGGCCGGAACCUACACCCUCGACGGCGACAACUACACGGAGGAGCAGAAGGAUCUCAUGAACAUCGAUAGGAAUGGAAAGGGAGCGGCUACCAAGCAGCGGCCCAAACAACUGCCAGUGAAGUCGAGUCGGGGCAGCAAUGUCCUCGAGGUGAACUACUACCACGAAACGCCGCUGCAGGAGCAGCUGCCCCAGCAACUGCCAGCUCAGAGGAGCUCCACAGGUGCCUAUCUGGAUCAACUGAAGAGUCGCGUGCUGCGUCAGCAGGUUCCCCCAUCGCCGCCAACUCCUCCUUCGCCUGCGGCGGACAUGGGCUGCUUCACCAGUGUGACCACCAGUGGAGUGCUGGCCAAGCAGCGCGCCUUGGACACUCAUCCCAAGCUCACCCGGCACUCGCACAGCCUGUCCACCUCGCAGAUCGACAGCUCCGAGUACGUGAGCAAUGAGGCUAAACUUCGGCACACGCAGGCCUUGUCCGGAUCGGCAACGGAUCGCCAGAAGGCCGAGUACCGGCUGAAUGUGUUCACCACCAGCACCAAUCAGCAGCACCAGUUGCCGGAGACACCCACCACGCCCACCCAAAACUCGGAGGCAGCCCUCCUGCAGACGGCGCAGACGAAGCAGGAUUGGAUUCAGGAGUGGGCUCGCAAUGCUCGGGCCAGAAGUCUGGCGCAGGAUGUGAGUGGCACCAGCGCCAGUCGCCGGAAGCAGCAACAGCAACAACAACAACAGCAGGCACAGCAACUGAUGACACGCAGCUACAACUGCUCGGACACGGGCGGCGACUCCCUGACGGACGACAGCCUGAGUUUGUACAACCAGCAGCGGCAGUACGCGGCGGCAGCGAAGCUCAAUCGCAGUCUGGCGGAGCGGUAUCGCCUGAUGGGCGACUGUGACUACGCCAGCGAUCCGGCGUUGUGCAGCCACGGCGGGGGAGGAGGUGGACUCGGUGGACAGGUGUUGGAGCCACCAUACAAACCUCCAAAAAGUCCCAGUAAGAUUCCCUCACCGCUGCACACGUUGGGACGUGCGCGCAGUGCCAGUCGCUCGCGUCCGCCAACAGAUGCCUAUUUGGAGCAAACAGCUGCGGCUAUUAGCAAUCUCCAGCAAUCCCUCUCCCGCCGGAGCUCGGUUAAAUCGCCGGCACAGAGCAGUCCGCAGCACAGCCUGGAAUCGGGAAUGGGUGCCGGCGGUGGCUAUCGACGAUCGCCGCUCCAUCGAGCGCUCAUGACCAGCAGCAUCAAUGAGGCGCAGCUGCAGUUGCUCACCAGCGGCGAGAAUCUGCUGAAGCAAUUGCGUCGCCGCAAGAACUCCCUGGAAUACGAUCCGGGUCAGGAUAGUGUGGAGCAGGUUGAGCCGGUGGCUGCUGCCCCCUUGUCGCCGCUGCGUCGAUCGAGUAGCUUCCAACAGCAGCAGCAACAGCAGCAGGGUCAGCAUCCCGUUCGUCAGGCGCGUCCCAAUUUCCAGAACCUCUACACCCCGCCUGCUGCCCGUCACGCCCACGCCCUGAGCACCGUUCACCAGCAGCAGCAGCUGAAGAAGUCCGCCAGCAGCAAUAACUUCGAUCAGGCCUACAGCGACUAUGACAAUGAGUUGCAGUAUUACAUCAACGAUGAGGAUGAACUGGGCACCACGGGUGCCUACUACUCCAGCAACGAGGAGGAGGACGUGGAGGAGAACCACGACGAGGUGCAGGGUUCCGUUCCCCUGAGCAACACGCGCAUGAACAAAGCGCUGCUGAUGCGGAUCGAGAGGAGCAAACAACGAGUGGCUGGAGCACAGGCUGCUCCAACCAAACCCACUUCAGCGCCAGCGGGAAAGCUCACCUUGGCACAAAGUGGAGCUGGUCUGGUGGCCUGUCCCAAUACUCCCGAAAUGCCACGACGGAAUAUCAAGAGUGCUCCCAGGGUUGCUCCCGGAUCGGGCAAUCGAAACACCCGCCAGUCAAUGCCCCGGGAAACGAGCCUCAGUCGAUUGGCCCAACAGGUGCCCAGUUCGCUGGCCAAUGCCAAGAAGCAGCUGCUCCAAACAGCCAGUGCUGGUGUGAGCUCCAGCUCGAGGGAUCAGCGGGUGCAGCCCAAAUACCUAGACAUCUCCAAGUACAAGUCGGCGCAGUCGAACAAUUUUCUGCGCAAGAACGAUGCCAAGAGCACACUGAAGCCAGCGGAUCAGAUGAAACGAAGUCCCAGUGCCUCUUCCAUGGGUCUGAGUCGCGGCGAUGGAACGCGUGCCAGUAAUCGCAGUGUUCGGAGUACUGCCUCCGCCAUGAACACCAGCACAACAUCGCUGGGUGGCGGAAAUCCGGGAUCCAGGAACUCCUCUGCCAUGCGACGCGAUGCCUCAGUAAACAAACAGAAGGAGGCCGAAAUGGCCAUGUGGAAGCGACGAUCCACCUAUGAUCCCAUGAAGGCCGCUGCCGAGGAUCGCCGCAAGAAGGAAGAAGCCCGACGUGCCCAAAACGAAGCUCAGCGACAAAUCAACGAUGAUGAAAUGCCUUUCGAGAGUGUGCUGCGCCCAGCCAACAAUUUGACCAUCACGAGCGGAGGCAACAGCUACAGUCCUCGAAACUCCGUGGAAAACGACGCCUGGACGCUUGGUGAAUCCUCUGAAUUCGGGGAAUAUCCCGAUGACUACGAUGAAAACGAUGAGGAGGUGGAAGGCGACGAGGAGAUUGACUACGUGGGCCAGGAAUCCGACGAAGUUUUUGAGGCGGAAUCAGGAGAGGCUGCCAUUCAGGGCGCACAGUAGGCAACCGAUAAACAGAACACAAAACCAGCAACAGUGAUAAAUAAUUCGAUAUAUACAUAACUAUAUAUAUAUGUAUAACAUAUUGUAUUUCUUAGCGAUCGAUGGAUGCGAUGUAGGAAUAACCUUCUACGAGUUUUGUAAACCGAAUUAGCUGACAUGAUUUCUCCACGGCUUUUUUAUAUAAAGCAUAUAAUUUGGACACCGAAAAUCAUCGAAAAAUCCAAUAAACAAAAACUGUUACUCAAUUCUGUCCACAUGCCAUAGGAAAAAUGUUUUUAUUGCUGAAAUAUUUACUCUUAAAAUGAACUAAAUUCAAAAAAGGAGAAAAGAUAUUCAAGUAUAUAUUGUUAAACGUUUAAAGCUUCUUGAUUUGCUAAAAUUCAAUUAAAUGGAUUAUAUUUUAAAUAUGAAUUCUUAAAAAUGUCGGCAAUGGUGCAAUUACUUCAAUAUGAAUGAACAAAUACUCAGAUGUGUCCUAGGCUUAGUUAGAAAGGGUUAGAAAGGGAUUUAAAGCCGAGACGAAUUGACUGCAAUCAAGUGCUAAACAAAACAAUAUAAUUUUAAGAUUUGCUGACCCACAACACCGGGGAAAACUGACCAAAAGGAAUUGAAUUUAAUUGUUUUGUGAUCUGAGCUAAAGUUUAAAUGCGUUCGAGAGUUCAGCCCUUUCUUUGCCCGAAUACGAUUACUGGGAUUUCAGCCCAAGGAAUUAGUUUGUUUUUGGUAGGAAUUUGUAGUUACUCAUGAACUUAUGUCGUAGGAUUUUUUAUAUACAUAUAUAUUAUAUAUGCGAACAGAACACUCGAUGGAAGGUAGCUUACGUAACAAAUUAUGAUGAUACGGUCUAGUUUUAUAUAUGCAUACAACACUAUACACUAGCUGAGUAUAUAUCUUAUACAGCAGACGUCUAGUUUAGUACUAUAUAAAUGGAGCAUAUGUGGUAUUCGCUUUUAAACCAACUAAAUUGUUAAAACCCUUAUCCUUUGAAGCAAACGGAAUAAUGUCUAAAUAUCAUGCAGUGGUGUCGGUGUCCAUAUUUGCAACUGCUCGAUGAAUAUUGAGUGGAUUUGAGUUCAUUUCAAUAACUAUUGUAUUUUACAGCAGCCGGUAUUUUAAAAUAUUAUCUCCAAAUGCCCAAGUCAACUUAAGCAAUAGACAAUAUACUAUAAACAAAGACUUUUUUCGAAACCGAUUCAUGUCCAACGAAAAAGUUCAGGAGCAGUUGCCCGGUUUAAAAAAAACAUAAUUUAAAACUAAAAUAUAUAUUUUAACAGAGUUAAAUUGUAAUGAAACAAACUACACAAACAGCCGUCUAAAACAUUUUUUAAAUUUGUACAUUUUAAGUAUUUAAACAAUGAUAAAAGAAUUGUUUUUCGUAUCGUG